UUUCCAUUCAGACUAGUUAUUAGGUGCCUCCGAAUGUUUCAGUUCAGUAGAUGGGUGUUGCAGUAUCUUACAGUCUUGCAUUAUUUCUGGAUAUUUUGUUGCUAGAUUCGUUCUUUCUUCAAUAUCCAGUGAUUUCAGAUGCCUGUGGAUUUAGUUUGUGCACAGCGACUUAAUAAGAGAUUACAAGGGGCGGUGCCUCAGCUAAUGUUCACUAUGAAGAUGAGAGCAUGGGUAUUAGAUAGAUGCCGAAAUAAGUAAUCUGUACGUGACUAUAUAUAUGGUUUCUUGCUACUAUCAUCUGAAUAUCUUCGUUUGCUUUUGAAGCUUGGUACUUUUAGUUGGUUGUCAGUGCAGGAAGUCGAGCCUUAGAAUUGCAGAGAAUGUAUGUGAAAGAAAAUAGUUCUGUCCCUAUUUAUGCAACUUGCCCGGAGUUAAAGGGUGCCUUUCAUCACUCAUGAAAUGCUAUAUCUUUCAUCUGAUCAUUCAAAUACUCAUUUUGGUGUUAUCUUGUACGUCAAUAUUUCUAAUUUCUUUCUUUGUUUGUUUGGUUAUUGAUCCUUUCUUUCUCAAUUUUGUAAGGAAUUUCAGAUAUUUAUGGUGAUAUUUCUGUUUACUUGUGCUUUACUACUUCAUCUAAUUGCCUUCAUAUGAUGGGUUCUGACAUCGUUCAUUUCAACUCAGUGCUAUAUAUAUAUCUGCUAAACCUUGAGACACUAUCAAACUAGCCCAGCUGCAUUGCUCGAUGGAAGAUCUCCCAGAGGCACUGUUGGCAGAGAUUGUCUUAAGGAUUACCAGAACAAGUGAUCUGAAUUCUCUUUCACUUGUGUCAAAGCAGCUCUACAUCAUCGAUGCAUCUCAAAGGAGUGCUAUCCGCAUCGGCUGCGGCUCUUUCUCUGCUGGAGAAGCCUUGGCAUCACUUUGCUCCCGGUUCACAAAUUUGUCAAAAGUGGAAAUCGAUUACGCUGGUUGGAAGUGUGGUCACGGGAAUCAGUUGGACAACAAAGACCUCCUUGUGAUUUCAUCUCAAUGCCCCUCGCUGACUGAGCUAACCUUAAGCUUCUGCUCAGACAUCAAUGACUCUGGUCUUCAUUAUCUAGCUUAUUGCAAGAAGUUGGUAUACCUCAGGUUGAACUCUGUACCAGAAAUUACUUCAAGUGGGCUUCUAUUUGUGGCAAUCGGUUGCAAGAGUCUUUCUGGUCUCCUCCUUAUCGAUUGUGAGAAAAUCGGAAGUGUGGAGUGGCUGGAGUACCUUGGCUGGAACGGGUCAUUGGAGGAGCUUGUAGUAAAGAAUUGCGAGGGAAUUAGCCAGUGUGACAUCCUAAAGUUUGGUCCAGGGUGGAUGAAGCUUCGGAAGUUUGAUUUUGAGAUUAAGGGAGGAUUCUACGGUGGUUAUUGCUUUUCUGAGGGUGGUUAUGAUCCCCUAUAUAACGCUCACAACCCAAGUAGAUAUGAUUUCUGGUCUGAGAGUUUGAAGGAUUUGAGGUUGGCUCGUUUUACAACUGGGGCAGAAGUAGGACUUCGUUUUCUGCUCGGGAAAUGCAGAGCACUAGAGUCGCUGUGCCUGGAGUAUGUUCAUGGUCUAAAUGACAACGACAUAAUUGUGUUAUCUGAGGGCUGCCGCAACCUUAAAAGUAUCUCACUUUCGCUCAAACCUGUGGACUAUGAUGAUCUAGAUGGUGAUGGUUUCAGGACCGCAUUUACUGACAAGAGCCUUAAGGCUCUAGCACUCAAUUGUCCUAUGCUUGAGGCUGUCGAACUCACUUUUGCAGGUUGUGAAUACACAUAUCCAACAGAAAUAGGCUUCACACAGAAGGGCCUGGUGGUGCUCAUUCAGUCCUGCCCGAUUCGUGUUCUCGUGCUAAAUGGCGCCAACUUCUUUAAUGACAAGGGAAUGAUGGCCCUCUCAUCUGCUCCAUUUCUGGAGACACUCGAGCUUGUGGAUUGCAGGGAAGUAACAGAUGCUGGGUUGUGUUUCAUUGCUCGUACCCCACACUUGAUUAAUCUCACGCUCCGCCACUGUAAAUGUGUGACUGAUGUUGGAGUGGCCGAGCUGGUACAUUCACAGAAGUUGGAGUCUCUGAUCAUUGAAAGGUGCUGCCGGGUCUCCGAACAGGUUGUGCUGGGGGCUGGCAGAUCAGUUCAGUACUCCGUCGAGGCUCCAAGCCUUGGCGAGCUAAAAAGGGUGUUCCUCUGAUGCUGUGGAUGAAGUGGUCUGCAAUUUUUUGAGUUUCAAAUCCUCUUGUCAUCAAGUUGUUGCUUACUGUGCGUCCUGGCAUAGCCUUAGACCACUAGUGUGGUAUAGCUACUUUGUGUAAUUUGCUCUACUUGCAUUUAACCGAUUCACUUAAAUCCGCCAAACAGCAUUUCUGGUGUUAAACUUGCAGAUGCAUCUUGGUUCUACAUAGUGUUGAUCAUGCUUUAUUUGGCUGUUAGCGGUCGUUGUUGUUAUAGCUGAGCAAACUGCAACACUAUGUAAGCAGCUAUGGACUAUGGAGCAGGCUGUACCUGCUAGUAUCUCUGUUGGCAUUAUAUCGGUUGAACGUAUGACCUA